AUGAAAAAUUUUAGGUGUUUAUUUUUUUUAGAAUUUUCCAGAAAGUCCGCGAUAUAUUUUCUAUCUAUAUAUAUUAAAAAUCCGCGAAGUCGUGAAUCCGUGAUAGUAGAACCGCGAAUUAGCGAGGGAUCACUGUAUGUGAAUAUCUAUCUCUAUAUCAUUGCGUCUCGCUCUAUUCCCAUCUAUCUAUCUAUAAAUCUAUCUCAAUUUUUCAAAUCUAUCUCUUUUUCUACCUGUCUCUCUCUCUCUCUCUCUCUCUCUCUCUCUAAUCUCUCUCUCUCGAUAUAUUCAAAUAUUUCACAGUCUUUUCUCAUCUAUCUAUCUAUCUAUCUAUCUAUCUAUCUAUCUAUCUAUCUAUCUAUCUAUCUCAGACUGUUUAUUAUCUAUCAUUGUUCAUAUCUAUCUAUCUAUCUAUCUAUCUAUCUAUCUAUCUAUCUAUCUAUCUAUCUAUCAUUGUUCAUUAUCUAUCUAUGCAUACCAGUCUAUUCAUAUCUAUUAUAUAUCUCGCUCAGUCUAUCCACAUCUAUCUACCUAUCUAUUAUAGAUUUUUCAUAUCUAUCUCGUUUUCUACCUCUCUCUCUCUCACUCUUUCUCUCUCGAUAUGUGCAUAGAUAUUUCACAGACUUUUUCUCAUCUAUCUAUCUAUCUAUCUAUCUAUCUAUCUAUCUAUCUAUCUAUCUAUCUAUCUAUCUCAGUUCACAUCUAUCUAUCUAUCUAUCUAUCUAUCUAUCUAUCUAUCUAUCUAUCUAUGCACAUCUUUAUCUACAAUGA